AUGAGCACUGCGACGCCCAGCAUCGAGCUCUUUGGAACCAACCCAUACGAAGGACACCCGAACCUUUCGGAAACCGAGGCCGAGGUCCUAUGGCAGUACGCGAAGCUCUCGCAGAACAUUAAAGAGCUCAUAGCAGAAACGCGCAGAUUGAGUGAAGCUCCUGACGAAACGCUGCUGAAGCGAUUACGGGCAUUGGAGGUAAAGAUGGGGCUGGUAUUGACUUUGUUCAAGGCAUCUGUUUGGGCUGUGAUCAACGAGCAGCCCGUCGGGGACGACUCAGGAGCGUACACAGAUACCACCGCAGACCACAGCAGCUUGUGA